AUGUUAUUAAAAAGUCUCUACAGAUUCUGUUCAUUAAAGAGAUACAAUUUCUAGGAUAUAUUAAUGUUGUAGAGAUUUUCAUAAGAGGAAAGUAAAAACCUUAAUCUCAAAUAAGAGGGUACAAAUGAUUGAUAGCAACCUUAAUAGUUUUAUAUUUUUACUUUCAUAGUAAGAAAGUGUUCUUCAAAGGAGAAGGUACUGUUCUUGAACUGUAACAAGCAAUCAAGAAAUAGAUAGAUGAUGUGAAGAGUGUUGGAGUAUUUUAAUAGACAACAAAUGAUGAAUAGAUUGAAUAUGCAUCUUCUACACCCAUGUAAUUAGUGUUAGCAGAAGAUAUGAUUUUGAGAUUGAAUUAAACAGAGAGAUACAUAAUUCUUAAUAAAGUAGAUAAUCCUCCAGUGAUUGAUUUAAUUGAUAAUUAUCCAAUUACAUAACAUGCGUUGCAUGAAAAUUUCUAGGAAAUAGAUGUACCAUAAAGAACAAAGGUUGUAUUGAGUAAUUUUAUUUAAAAACUGUUAUCUGAGAUUGAAAAACAUAAAGAGUUAACUUAUGAUAAGGAUUUAAUCUUAUUAAUUAUAAAGAAGGUCAUAAUGAAAUUAGGUAUAUAUUCAUAGGCAUAGAAGUAAAUAAUAGAGGAUUAGAUAUCUUUUCUGGAAUGUAAAUAGAAUCGUUUAGCUCAUUUGAAGGAUUCUAUAAUUAAAGAAUUAGAAAUGAAAGAGUAAACUACGUUGUAUUAAAUAUACUUUUACAUUCUCAUGUAAAUUGCAUUCACUUAAUAUGGAACCUACGUUGUUUGGGGUUGGGAUGUCAUGGAACCUGUAACAUUUAUGUUAGGAGUCACAGACAUGAUCAUAGCUUAUUAAUUUUGGAUGAAGACAACCAAAGCAUAUACAUUUGGAAAUGUGUUAUAGAAUGCUGUGAAUAAACAUUUGAAUAAAAAACUAUCAGAACAAUUCAAUUAUGCAGAAGAAUUGAAUGAUGUUAAUCGAAUGAUAGAAUAUUUGAAAUUCAAGUAAAUGGUUUACAGUAGUGACAUUUAUGAAGUGAUUAGUGUAAUAGAAGGAGCUAUAGAAGAAAAAUAAGCAAAAUUGUAGGCAUAAGAAGAAGAAGAAUAAUGA